ACUUUUAGUCAUUCAAAUGUGUUAGUCAAGCCCUAGUCUCUACCCUAAUAUACCAACUCCCAAUUAAAGCUUCAUCUUUACCUUUUCUUUAUGUUCUUUAUGGAAUAAAGCAACACCUAAUGUUCUUGAGAAUAACAAAAACCCUAGCUUGAUUGGCCAACUUUUGGAGAUUAAUUUGUUCUUUUAAUUAUUCUCACAAAAACCAUAUAUAUGUUUCCUACAAGCAACAUCAUCCAUGACCCUUUUUCCUACACCUCACAAGAAUUGCUUAAGCAAUCCUAUAAUACACAUGAUCAUCAAAACCCUAAUUCAACUUCAAAAUUAGUAGUAGAAGAAGAAGAUCCAUUUUUCUUGAACUUCCCUUCUCCAUUUGAUUUUGAUGACCAUGAACUCCCAUUAAGCCAAAUAUUUUCUCAAACUAGUGAUAAUAACCAUGGCACUAAUCAAGCUGGUCCGGACAGCGCAAUUAAAGAUAACCAUAGUGUUGACAUUUCAAGAUCUACACUACUCAGCGCGAAAAUCAUGGGAGACCAGAGUUCAAAUCCAGACAUCAGCAGGAAAAACCCUACUGAGCCGGCCAUGGCCACAUCAUCAAAGAAGAGAAAACUAAGUGCAAAACCGCGAAGGAGGACAGGUAAAAAGGACAGGCAUAGCAAGAUUUGCACAGCUCAAGGUGUGAGAGACAGGAGGAUGAGAUUAUCCCUUCAAAUAGCGCGUAAGUUCUUCGAUCUCCAAGACAUGUUAGGGUUUGAUAAAGCAAGUAAAACCAUAGAAUGGUUGUUUUCCAAGUCCAAGAAUGCUAUCAAAGAGCUCACAAGAAGCAUCCCACUUGAAAACAAUGAAGAUCAUAGAAAAAUGAGAAAAAUUGAGUCAAGGGAUAGGACAAGAAGUGAAAAGCCAAACAAAAAGUGCAAUCAAGAUCAAGAAUUGGAUGAAACAAACCCUAAAAGUAUUGAUAAAUUAGGGUCAAAUUCUUCAAAAUCUUAUCUUGAAAAUCAAUUUGCUAAUGUUGGUAUCAUGGAAAAAUACUUAGGUGGUGCAAGUUGUUCCUCAAUAACUUCUAUAUUUGAUUAUGACAAUAAUGGAGUAAUCAAAGGAGGCAUAGAUAAUAUUUCUGACAAUUAUUGCUUCAAUAAUAUGGGAUUUCUUGAAAAUUGUACUAUCACAAAUGAGGUUCAAAUUCCAUUUGCAGCAGGUAAUAACAACCCUAGUUCAAUUAAUUUGAACAAUUCAAGAUUUCAGCAAUUUUAGAUUAUUAUUGGACCAAUAAAAUCAUUUCUCCAGGCAUUAGACUGAAAUGAUUUUUUAUUUUUGUUUUGGUUUGUUGAUGAUUUGGAAUAUGACAAAGUUUGCAGAACUUUGGUACUUGAUUGUAG